AUGAAUGAUGAAGUAAACCUAACUGGGUGGAUGAAUGAUGAAGUAAACCUAACUGGGUGGAUGAAUGAUGAAGUAAACCUAACUGGGUGGAUGAAUGAUGAAGUAAACCUAACUGGGUCGAUGAAUGAUGAAGUAAACCUAACUGGGUGGAUGAAUGAUGAAGUAAACCUAACUGGGUGGAUGAAUGAUGAAGUAAACAUAACUGGGUGGAUGAAGGAUGAAGUAAACCUAACUGGGUGGAUGAAUGAUGAAGUAAACCUAACUGGGUGGAUGAAUGAUGAAGUAAACCUAACUGGGUCGAUGAAUGAUGAAGUAAACCUAACUGGGUGGAUGAAGGAUGAAGUAAACCUAACUGGGUCGAUGAAUGAUGAAGUAAACCUAACUGGGUGGAUGAAUGAUGAAGUAAACCUAACUGGGUCGAUGAAUGUUGAAGUAAACCUAACUGGGUGGAUGAAUGAUGAAGUAAACCUAACUGGGUGGAUGAAUGAUGAAGUAAACCUAACUAGGUGGAUGAAUGAUGAAGUAAACCUAACUGGGUCGAUGAAUGUUGAAGUAAACCUAACUGGGUGGAUGAAGGAUGAAGUAAACCUAACUGGGUGGAUGAAGGAUGAAGUAAACCUAACUGGGUGGAUGAAUGAUGAAGUAAACCUAACUGGGUGGAUGAAUGAUGAAGUAAACCUAACUGGGUGGAUGAAUGAUGAAGUAAACCUAACUGGGUGGAUGAAAAAUGAAAUAAACCUAACUGGGUGGAUGAAUGUUGAAGUAAACCUAACUGGGUGGAUGAAUGUUGAAGUAAACCUAACUGGGUGGAUGAAUGUUGAAGUAAACCUAACUGGGUCGAUGAAUGUUGAAGUAAACCUAACUGGGUGGAUGAAUGAUGAAGUAAACCUAACUAGGUGGAUGAAUGAUGAAGUAAACCUAACUGGGUGGAUAAAUGAUGAAGUAAACCUAACUCGGUGGAUGAAGGAUGAAGUAAACCUAACUGGGUCGAUGAAUGAUGAAGUAAACCUAACUGGGUCGAUGAAUGUUGAAGUAAACCUAACUGGGUUGAUGAAUGAUGAAGUAAACCUAACUGGGUGGAUGAAUGUUGAAGUAAACCUAACUGGGUUGAUGAAUGAUGAAGUAAACCUAACUGGGUGGAUGAAUGAUGAAGUAAACCUAACUGGGUCGAUGAAUGUUGAAGUAAACCUAACUGGGUCGAUGAAUGAUGAAGUAAACCUAACUGGGUCGAUGAAUGUUGAAGUAAACCUAACUGGGUUGAUGAAUGAUGAAGUAAACCUAACUGGGUGGAUGAAUGAUGAAGUAAACCUAACUGGGUUGAUGAAUGUUGAAGUAAACCUAACUGGGUCGAUGAAUGUUGAAGUAAACCUAACUGGGUUGAUGAAUGUUGAAGUAAACCUAACUGGGUUGAUGAAUGUUGAAGUAAACCUAACUGGGUUGAUGAAUGUUGAAGUAAACCUAACUGGGUCGAUGAAUGAUGAAGUAAACCUAACUGGGUGGAUGAAUGAUGAAGUAAACCUAACUGGGUGGAUGAAUGAUGAAGUAAACCUAACUGGGUGGAUGAAUGAUGAAGUAAACCUAACUGGGUGGAUGAAUGAUGAAGUAAACCUAACUGGGUCGAUGAAGGAUAAAGUAAACCUAACUGGGUGGAUGAAUGAUGAAGAAACCUAA